AUGCAGUUCACCCCCAGCACCCUCCUAUCCCUGCUCCUCAUCGCCUCUGCCGGCGUUGUCGACGCCAGCCCAAAGCCAAAGGUGCCCAAAGGCUUCGUAACCACCAACGGGCCCAAGUUCCAGCUCGACGGCAAAGACUUCUACUUUGCGGGUACUAACGCUUACUACCUUCCCUUCCUCAACAAUGCAACAGAUGUAUACCGCGGUCUGAAGGCGGCCAAGGAGGCGGGACUGAAGGUGGUGCGGACGUGGGGAUUCUAUGACAAGAAUGCGACGUUUGACCCGCUGGGGCUGCCACAGUAUGGUGGCGAGGGUGCGGGCCCUUCGGAGGUGUAUUUCAGGAAGUGGACUAAUGGGACUGCUGAGAUCAACUACGGCCCCACCGGCCUCCAAGCAUUCGACGGCGUCGUCAGCGCCGCCGAAAAGCUCGGCAUCAAGCUCGUCGUCCCCCUCACCAACAACUGGGCCGACUACGGCGGUAUGGACGUCUCGACCACCAACCUCGGCGGCAAGUACCACGACGACUUCUACCACGUCCCGCGCAUCGUCGCCUCCUACAAAGACUACGUCAAGGCCUUCGUCUCGCGCUACAAGUCCUCCCCCGCCAUCAUGGCCUGGCAGCUCGCCAACGAGCCGCGCUGCGGUGCCGACGGUGUCCGAAACCUCCCCCGAUCUGAGGCGUGUGACUCCGCGAUGAUGACCAGCUGGGUUAAGGAUAUCUCGGCGUUUAUUAAGAAGGUGGAUCCGUACCAUCUGGUGACGACGGGGGGUGAGGGCGAGUUUAACUUUCCCGAUAAUGAGGAUUGGGCGUAUUCGUCGGGGGAUGGGGGCGACUUUUAUGAGGAGCUGGAGGUGGACACGAUUGAUUAUGGCACGUUCCAUCUGUACCCGGAUUGGUGGAGCAAGACCUCUGCGUGGGGAACACAAUGGAUCAAAGACCACGGUACCGCCCAAAACAAAGUCGGCAAGCCCGUCGUCUUUGAAGAAUACGGCUGGCUCACCGACGCUGCCCGUCUCUCCAACCUCGGCACCGUGUCCAACGAGACAAGGCUCGAGGUCCUCGGGGAGUGGCAACAGGCAAGCAUCGACUCCAAGCUUGCCGGCGACCAGUUCUGGCAGUAUGGAUGGAGCGGGUGGGCGACUGGGCGUAACCAUGAUGACGGGUUCACAAUUUACCUGGACGAUGCGGAGGCGAAGCAGUUGGUGUAUGAUCAUGCCAAGAAGGUGGAGAAGCUUAAUAAGAAAUAG